GUGACGCCACCGCGGGACGAAACAACGAAACCAAACAAACCCGGAGUCAGUGCGUCGCAGCCUCCAGGUCCAGCUGAAAGUUCUGGAGAACCAGCAACGGGACCAGCUCAAAUAUAAACUACACCCACCGUGUUCUGCUCUAAGCUCUUUCAGACGGACGGACAGGAGGACUGGCUUGUGAACGCACUUUUUGUCCCCCCCUCUUCAACUCCGGAAGUAACAACAAAGACUCCACGAGUUUCAAUUUUACUUUCACUACAUUUUAUUUUAUUUAUUUUUAUCGGACCUCACCGUCGAUUGAGUAUCUUCAAUUGAAGCAAUUUACAAAAACUCAGCGACCGCCAGCUAACGGACGAGCGACAAGUUGCGCAACGGAAGCAGCGAGAAGCGGCGGAGACGUCACCGCAGCCUGCCGGCGUCACAGCGACCACAGUCCCGCUCGGAGUUCGCCUUACACAGGAUAAAACUGCAUUUUUUGGGUCCCCUUUGGAAACUCUGCAGCUCGGACAAGUCGCCAAAAACCGGGGAUUUGACCUCCAAUCAUUCCGAAGUUAUAGCUGAGGAUGGGAGUGGCUACGACCAGAAAUCAACUGUGUCUGAAGAGGCUGCUGGCUGAGCCUCAGGAAAACUUACCGAAAUGUAAACGAGCCCGUCUGGACACCUCCCGUUCCGCCAGCGGUCUGCCGGCUUGCCUCACGCCAGCCAACCCCGCGCCCAAGGCCAGCCCGAGCCAGCCCCCCUCCAGGGUCGGACCGUACCUCCUGUUCGAAAGCUGUGAGAGGGAGGAGACCUAUAGGGCCGUGCACACAAGCACGCAGAAGCAGUACACCUGCCAGAUCCUACCUCUGCGCGGUUUCCAGGGACGCUUGGCGGCCUACGAGCGCGUCGGCAAACACGAGAACAUCUGCGGCCUGCAGGACGUGGUGGUCGGCGAGGACGGCCUGUACGUCUUCCUGCCCGAUCACCACGGCGACAUGCACGCAUACGUGCGCAGCCGGAAGCGCCUGGACGAGGAAGAGGCGGGCCGCCUGUUCGCCCAGAUGCUGAACGCAGUGACGCACUGCCACCACAAGGGGGUCAUCCUGAGAGACCUGAAGCUGCGGCGGUUCGUCUUCAUGGACCCGUACAGGACUCGUAUCGCCCUGCUCGGCCUGAACGACAGCGUGGUCCUGCACGGAAACCUGGACGACGACUUUCUGAAAGACAGGCACGGCUGCCCCGCCUACGUCGGCCCCGAGCUGCUCACCAACGGGAAAGGCUCCUACUCGGGUCGCGCCGCCGACAUCUGGAGCCUGGGCGUGUCCCUGUACACCAUGCUGAUCGGACGCUACCCCUUCCAGGACACGCAGCCAGCCGCCCUGUUCGCCAAGAUCCGCCGGGGGGCGUUCAGCCUCCCCAGUGGCCUGUCGCCGCAGGCCAAGUGUCUGAUCAGCUGCAUGCUGAGGAAGGCGCCUGCGGAGAGGCUGAAGGCGUCCGAGCUGCUGAUGCACCCCUGGCUGACCAACCCUUGCCUGCAGCAGCACAACGGGCUCAAGACGCACCACAGCCAAAACGCAGCGGCGCCGCACAAACAGGGGGACGAAGACCAAGUGGUGCCGACAUGGACAGAGAAACAAUAAAACUCCUUUACAGUCACUGUACCUGCACACAUGUGGGAACCUGCAAUAACACGCUGCCUGGCCAAAAGUCAAACAGUUAGCUCACAACCGGAACGCGGUUCCAUUUUGAUACGUUUAUGCAACGGGACACAAUUUACUUCUACUCAGAGUUGCAUUACUUAUACUCUUAGUUUUUUUUUUGUUUUCUCACCAAUACUUAUCAUUAAUGAUGAAAGACAGCGAAGGCCCGGAAAAGGUUUCUUUAGCUAGUCACACAGUCUGAGCCGGAUGAAUAUUAUUGUGCAAUUUAAAAGAAACGAACAUUGAUGGAAAAAAGGUUACAUUAGUAUGAUAAGUUAGUCAGCUAAUCUUCUUUUUUUUUUUAAUUUUUAAGGGUUGUUUAAGGACUCAAACUACAUGACCUUUUUCGUUGCUCUUCAGUUUUUAUGCAGACAAAACCAAAUUGUUUAUUUCCCUCAGAUCUCCCAAAUAUCUUAAACUUUCAGAUUACAGUAAGUCAAGAUUUCUUUUGAAUCAUAUAACUUUAUUCAUUCCACUGAUCUCCCUAAAUGUUUUUUUUUUUUUUUUUUUGCUUGAUGCAGACCCAUAAUUUCAUCUGCCUGAUAUAAGUUAUGUCGUUAUGCGUCUGCUUCCAUAACUUGGUUUAAUAUUACUUAGCAUUAUUUCCCUAGGGGAGACUCUCCAUCGUUUUCUGUGUCAAACUGAGAACUGUCACUGUCUUUUGGGGCCAGGCAGUGUGUAAAAAAACAACAACAGCAACUAAAACCUUUUUCCCACUUCGAGGCUGAAACAUUUCUCUUACAGUGAAAUUUUAUUUUUUACAAAAACAUGCUUACAUGAAGUGAUAAACACUACCAGUGGUAUGAUCCUGGAUUACUUGAACCUCGGGUGCCUUCGUCUGUCUGUGUGGGGCGGUGGGUCGGCUUUAGCCCCGCCUCUCUCAGACAGAGUAGUCUCACAUGACGACUCACUGAGACAAACCUGCAUUUUCCUCUUUCUGGUCGUUUGUGCCGCAGCUAAUCUCCCAUAAGUGAUGUUUUUUAUUAGCUCCAACAACGUGGGAGGAGUUUUCAGCUUUGCUCCUGCAACUCGUGCAGCGAGGAAACCUUUAGUAUAUUAAGCCCGAUUUGUCUGCUGUUGGCAGAUUUUUUUUUUUUUUUUUUUUUUUAUGGAUAAAGAAGGUAUUUGCAGAGAUAAACCAAAACAGACUUUACUUGUUGUAUAAGUAGUUUUCUUUUUUCUUUUCCAUGACUUAUAUUUACAUUUGGUAAGAUAUUUCUGUGUAUUAAAGAAAACUUUGCAAAAAAAUAAAUUGUCUAUUGGAAAUUUGGCCCAACACAGAAAAAGGUUGGUAUUU